AGGAGCAGAUGAGCCGGGAGGGAGGGAGCGGGGAGGGAGAAGAAAGGAACAACCUUAAGAAAAACCGCAAACGCGUGGCUUGGAGACUGCAGAGAGAGAGAGAGAGAGAGAGGGAGAGGCUGGACGGAUUGGAUUUCACAGAAAGGUUCCUAUAGAAAAGCGGGAGCGUCGCUGUCCGUGGUGCUGACGAGGCGGUCGCCUUGGUCUCCUUUGGCAGAAAGUGCUGAAUGGACAGCUCUCUCGGUCCAGGGGCUUCUGCUCCGGCACUGCUCAAGUUGUGAUUUCGCACGCCAAGACCUCAAAUUGCUGAAAGCCUGAAGAACAGUCAAGAUGAAGUGGAAUCUCUUCAAAAAAACUGCCAACCCCGAGCCCAUUAUAGCUGCUACUACAGGUGGUCCAGCAGCAUCCCCAACUACAACAACAGCACCUCCAUCACUCUCAACGGACAACACAACACAGAUAUCAGGCCCAGUGGAGAGCAAGGAGGAUGUGUUUGCCAAAAUUAAAGAGAAGUUUAUGAAUGAAAUAAACAAAAUUCCCUUGCCACCAUGGGCCCUGAUUGCCAUUGCUGUAGUAGCCGGGUUGCUGAUCCUCACCUGCUGUUUCUGCAUCUGCAAGAAAUGCUGCUGCAAGAAAAAGAAGAACAAGAAGGACAAAAAAGGGAUGAAAAAUGCCAUGAACAUGAAAGACAUGAAAGGCCAGAACAAACAGGAUGAUGACGAUGAUGAUGGAGAUGGUGACGAAGAGGGAGGGGAAGAGGAAGAGGAAAAAGAGCCAGAGAACUUGGGGAAGCUGCAGUUUUCCCUAGACUAUGAUUUCCAAGCUAACCAGCUUACUGUAGGGAUCCUCCAAGCAGCUGAGCUCCCAGCGCUGGAUAUGGGUGGCACGUCAGAUCCUUAUGUCAAAGUUUUCCUGCUUCCAGACAAGAAGAAGAAGUAUGAAACCAAAGUGCAAAAGAAGACCCUCAAUCCAACCUACAAUGAGACAUUUGUCUUCAAGAUUCCUUAUCAGGAGCUGGGUGGGAAGACCUUGGUGAUGGCCAUCUAUGACUUUGACCGCUUCUCCAAGCAUGACAUCAUAGGAGAAGUCAAAGUGCCCAUGAACACAGUGGAUCUGGGGCAGCCCAUUGAAGAAUGGAGGGAUCUAGAGAGUGCAGAGAAAGAGGAGCCAGAGAAAUUGGGAGACAUUUGUAUCUCGUUACGAUAUGUGCCUACGGCUGGGAAGCUUACAGUCUGUAUCCUGGAAGCCAAGAACUUGAAAAAGAUGGAUGUUGGAGGACUUUCAGAUCCUUAUGUGAAGAUUCACCUGCUGCAGAAUGGGAAGAGGCUCAAGAAGAAGAAGACCACUGUCAAGAAGAAGACCCUGAAUCCCUAUUUCAAUGAAUCUUUCAGCUUCGAGAUUCCCUUUGAGCAGAUACAGAAAGUGCAAGUUGUGAUUACUGUGCUGGAUUAUGACAAGCUGGGAAAGAAUGAAGCCAUUGGCAAAGUAUUUGUUGGGAACAACGCCACUGGCACAGAGCUCAGGCAUUGGUCCGACAUGUUGGCCAACCCACGCCGCCCCAUUGCUCAGUGGCAUUCCCUGAAGCCUGAAGAAGAGGUGGACGCAGCUCUUGGGAAAAAUAAGUAGGCAGCUCCAUACCCCAGCAUCAGCUACUGAACAUUCAAAGUGAUCCAGAGCUAUCAAUACCUCAGUUAGGCAGUGUUUGGUUUCUGUUCUGUUCUAUUUUCUGAGCUGCAAUAUCCUUUCAUUGGUGACUGUAGAGAGAUUCCGGAUGAACUGAAGAGCAUCCAGAUUGAAAAGGCUUAAAGACACAGUUGCUCCUUUUGCAUUCUUCCAAGUAGUUUGUCUGCUGCAUGUUCAUCAUCUCUCUGUGUUAUUCUCUUCAAGCGCAAAGCGAGCUUUUUUCUUGGGUUUUCCUGAGAUAGCCAUGAAUAGCAGCACAACAUCGCUUUGCUUUUACUCACUUUGGGAUUUUCUUCUUUAACUCGGACCUUUGAAUAAUGUGCCAGGAUGAUACCGGAGCCGGACAAUAUGAGUUGACCAGAUACACUGUGUUUGCUUUGAAAAAUAGCAAGGUGCAUUUGAAACAUACAAGGGAAAGCAUCACUCUUCAAGAUUUUUGGCUUUGGUCAUUAGAGUAUCAGCAGAGAGGACAAGAAGCAGCUCUGGCACUAGGACAUCUUUGGUCCUGGGGAAACCUGGUAAAUUAAUUCUCUAUAAUGGGAGACAUGUGAUUUCAGGCAUGUCUGUUGUCUAAUGCUAAUUGCCCUGUGAUGUCUAGGUAACACAGAAGGCAUUCUGUGCCCUGGUCUUUUUCUGUUUUCAAUUGCAGCAACAGAGUGGUAGUAGAAGAUUAUCAAAGUGUGAUAACCCAUAAGCAUCAACUCUCCUGCCCAAAUACAGAGUGGAACACUUUUUGGGGGAAGGAUAGUAUCAUGGAAUAUUUAUGUAAACAGCCAGAUCUGGCAAGCUGACUAUUCAUGUAAAAAAUGGGAAGACUUACACUUUCAUAUUAGUCAGGUUAGCAGUGUCAAGGUGGAUGGAUCAUUUAAAAAAACUUGUCAACCAUGAAAAAAAACCAAUUGAUUUGUAGCUCAUCGUACUCUGCACUGCCAUCUUUGUUUUGAGUACACAACAACCUGAGACCUAGAUGUAAUUUUUUAAAAACUAGUUUUGAGGUGAAAGUGCAUGUAAGGAAUGGAGAUGGCAAGUCAUAUUGGAAGAUCAAAAAAGAAAGAAAGAAAGAAUGAAAAAGAAAAGAAAAAGCAUGCAGAUUUGCCCAGAAGCCCACAGAAUGCUGUAUCGAUCUGAUGCUAUAUAUCUAAUUCUCAGUUAAGGGAGCUGAAGUACUCCAUGAGCUAAAGCUUUCAGCAGGGGGCUUCCACCUUUCCCCCAGGAUCAUGUUGAACUGAGAGAGAACAUGAUGUAGAAAGUUAGAGAGAGAGAGCAAAUCCAUUCCAGCCAAAGGACCAAAGAUGUAUCAAAGGCAGUAGUGUCUCUUGCACUAUUCAACAUUGUCUGGCUGCCAAAACAUUUAUGGUUUCUUUGCUGAUCCUGGAGGGAUAAGCCAUAUUAUCUUUGCUACCUAGUUUUUGCACUAAUUGCUGAAAGUCCCUCCAUUUUAUAUGCAGCCCCAAAUAUCAGUGUCUUUACUGUUUUGGCUCCCUUUUUAGGUUUUGAAACAAAAGAGACAAGUAAGGUGGGUAGGGGAAAGGUACAGACAGACGCUAGCAUCUUCCUGGGACCUUUGUGUUCCUGGUGGAUCUUAUCUUUCACAUCUAUUCAACUUCACUGUCUAAAUUAAAAGGGGUGACUCCAGGUGAUGUUUUCAUAUCACAUAUUGUUUUGUUCCACUCAUUAUGAUAGAUUGGAGCACAGGGUUAACUUCCAUAUCCUAGGAUUCAUUUCUGCUGCUACAUUAGUGCUGACAGCCUGCAUGAAAAACCUUCUUUUUAAAAAAGUGAGUGAGAAUGGAGAUGCAACAAUUUUGUGGACUGUCUGCAAAGUUUUGUGGUCAUUGCAUUUAACAGGAAUGCACUGAUUAUUUGGCAAGGAAAAGACAGUGUGACAAGACAGCCUAUCCAUCCAUAAUGAUGAAUGGAUAGUGCUUAGACCCUACUCAAGUUAAAGAUUUGAGAGUGCAAGAUUCCAUAAUAAUGUUUCUAUGCGAAGAAAAUGCUUCUGUGGCUAAGGAAGAUCUCAUUCUUCUUUGGCAUAAUUUGGCUAUGUCAGGUUAGAUCCUGAUACCAUUGCAGUCUUUAUAAUGGUUAUACAAUGAAAUUGUGACCUUCAAUUUUAUGUUUAUAGAAAACAAACAUAUACUGUACAUGGAAAGGGAGAGAAAGAAUCCAUAUCUGGAGUAAGAGAGGGAGAUUGGAAAGCUGGGCUGGGCUUCAGCAACUAUACUGCCCUUUUUAUUUUGACCCCAAAAUGAAGGCAUUUGUAUCUUCAAGGAUGUCAACUGCAUUGAUUUUGUGUUGGUCUUUUGCUCUUAUAAGGAUGCUGGCCUAGAAAGAAUAGCUGGAUUAAUACACAAGAUAGUAUGUUCUUAGAACUUGCAUGGUCCCUUCCCAUAGAGUACAAUUGUCUUCAAAGACCUGCUCUUUUCUCUCAUACCUAGAGUUAUUAAUGAGAAACUCAGGGGCAGUUCUCACUGAGGUGAUAAACCAGUGUUAGCGUAGUACCAUUUUGACUGCAGAUGAAGAUAAAAAACUCAGUUUAAUAGAAUAUUUGCAUAUCAGAAGAAUGGAUACCUUCCCCUCCAUCCGCACUGUCUUUUAUUUAUUUUUUGGUAUGGAUUGGCAUUUUAUCCUUCAAAUGUCCACCAGUAGCCUGUGACUAGAAUUUAGGCCUCAGAAACAACUUGUUUCAUUGACAAAAUGGCUGUUGCAAGUAGAGUUAAUCUAAGGAUGGCUCGUGGAGAAUUAGGCUAGGUAGUCCUAACUAUGAAAUUUUGUGCUUUGUCCUAAUAAUUUGCAGGCUUCAAUCAGUUCUGCUCACUUCUCUUCCCAGUCUUGUAAUUGUAAAGCAGGAAAGAGGGAUUCAUUGCCAGGUGUUUAAAUGCUCCAGCUUUCCCCAAAUUCUAAAAUGUCUUCAUAUGUUUUGGAAAGAAGAGGGGAGAUCUUAGAGGAGAGUUUAGAAAAGUUAUCUUGAACUGUAGGUCCUUUUUUUCAACUACUGGAGGAUGCUGCGGGUUGCAGUCCAUGAAAGUACAUUCUCCAAGAUCUGCCGGUUACUUACAUCUAAGAAGUUAGAAUUGCAGUCUUGCCCAUAGGUUGUGUGAUAUCAUUAUUUGUAAGGUACAAGAUUCAUUAAGAAUUGUUACAAACCCAGAGACCACUGGCAGUUCUUUAAUGGAGUAGCUAUGCCAUAUGGGGAGAAACAAUCAAAUAGAUCACCAAUACUUCUGUAGAGCUUUGGUGCAUGGUUUACCUUUUCUCUUAUGAAAAAACACUUAACUAUACAUUCAUCUCCUAACCCCAAUAUCCUUUAUUGUGCCUCUCUUAGCUUUUAAUGCUGCCACUGGCAAAGAUAUAAAAAAAUUAAGAAAUAAUAGUAGAAAAGUGUUAUUGUGGAAUUCUGAACCAGAUUUUAAAGCUGAACUUGGUCCCAUGGACAGCCAUAAGCCACCUCAACAGUAGAGUUACAAUGUCAGAAACUGGCAGAAAAAUCACAGAAGUUUCUUUUUAUAUAGAGCCAAGUUCCAUUGGCAUAUCUAGGGUUACCAUGUAAACUAAGGAACAGGGCAUUUGUACUUUUAAUAGUUAUAUAAAAGAGGGAAUUUCAGCAGAUGUUGCUUUUCAUUUAUUUAUUUACCCUAUUUAUAUCCCACCUUUCUAUAGCCCAAAGGGGACUCAAGGCGACACCUGCUGAAAUUACCUCUUAAACACAUCCACUAAAAGGGUGGGUGCCGUGUCUUUUAUUUCAGCUGGCAGCCCCAGCCACAUAUGAUGCCUUUUCUGGUUGAAAACAUGGUAGAGUUACAAGAUCUUCCAAUGCUCAGAGAUUCUUGUAUGGUUCUAAACUUGAAGUGUCUCCUUUGCCUAAAUAAAGAAAUGCAUGGGUAUGUGUGCAUUUAUGUCUGUAUGGGUGUGUAUGUGUACACUUCAUAGUUCUCGAGGGUUUCUAUGAUCAGAAUUCACUUGGGUAGUUAUUAAUGCAUAAACACCACUGUUACCUACCUACGAAGUGAUUCACAGCUUGACCUAAUCCCCACUUACCAGACAGCUGCUGCUGUAAUCAAUGGGGAUCUGUUCCUCUGUCCCUUAUAUGCACAGCUGAUUGGUGUUCCCAUCCUGUCCCAUGAGUGAUCUUUAAUAGUCCCUGUGUAUCCUCUUUUGGAGACUAAAUAUCCUAAGGCAUCAGAUCCUAUCUGAUCUUGGAAGCUACGUAGGGUCUGCCCUUGCUAGUUCUUGGAUUUGCCAAUGAAUACCAGGUGCUGUAGGUUAUAUUUCUUUGCCUAAGAAUAGCCUAUAGGCGCAUCAUAAGUUGAUAGGCAAUUUGAAUGCUCCCAUAAAAUAGGGAAUACAUAGGAAUUGUGCAUAUGAAAGUCACAAAUAUAUAACUCUUAAGUCAUCCAUUCAAAAUUACCCAAGUGAAUGCUGAUCUAUAAUUUGGAUACAGACUGACAGAUUAGUAUUUUUAAAACAAAAUUUUGCUAUGGUGCAACACAGUGCUGAUUUUGAUUUCACAGUUUAUGUUACAGAUCCUGCUACCUUUCAAGAUUGCAUAUUUUAAUGACUAAUAAAUUUAUUCUGGCAUAACAACACCAAUGCCAGCAUAAAUUUGUUCAUAAAUUAACUGUGUGAUGAGAUCUAAAUUUACACCCUUCAGAAGUUCUCAAAUUUUACUUUCUCAUUUGAAUUGGUAGUUCAUAUUGACAAGCAGUCAAAUUAGGUUUAUCUUUCCUUAAUGCCCAGUAAGACUGCUAGUCUCUACAUGUCUACUCAAAAGAAAUAUCCCAUUGAAUAGGACUGGCUCAUUGGCCAAUAUUUGGCUUAUACCUUUAAAAAAGCAAAAGCAGAAGCUGCACACCAGCUCAAAAUUUAUAAUCCGCAACCACAUGUAAUUGCAUUUAUCAUGCUCUUAAUUUACAUUUGGAUGCAAAGUGAGAUCUAAAGAAAGUGAUGGGAGUAUGAUAGAAGGAAAUCCUGAAAAUAAUGACACUCAUCCACCCGCAGUAGUCAUGAGCAACCAAUCACAUGUAAGAAUUGGUCAUUCUGGAUGUGAAUGCACAUCCAGUUAUCAUCAAAUAAGAUUCAUCCAUCCAGUUCAAUAAAGCUCAGACAAACAAUCUAGUACAGUGUAAAUGGAGAUCUUUAUACAUAUCAGCAAUGGGUGGAAGUCUGCUUAUGUGCAUGGAUUACUCUUACUGGAUCAGAAUAUAUUUGAGGAUCUUGAACCUUUAAUAGAUCAUUUGCAGAGCAGCAGCAGCACACAAACCUGAUUCUGUUUCUGUUCCAGCUGCUAACAAUCCAGGGUGUCCUCUUUGAAACCGUAAAUUAUUGUGGAGGCAUUAUUGUGAAGAACCAAAUCAAAACAUGAAAGUUCUUUAGUAAAUAGUGUAUCCAACUUCUACUAUUUAAAAUGGAGAAGCUGUUAGCUUUAAUACAUAAUAUAACGUACUUGGAUUUAGUUUCUUUUUCAUAACAGUGAAGGAAAAGGUGAACUGUCUCAAGCCAUCUGAGCCUCAUCCAAAUCCCAUCAUUUGUGUGUACUUAUAUAUAAAAGGAUAUAGAGAUCUAUUAACAUAAAUAAAAUCCUCUUGUAAACAAUGCAUGAUGACUAGCCAGUAUGUAAGUAGCAGCAUGCAAAAAGCAGAACCUGCUCACCAUGUGUGUCACCAUUGCCCAUUUUCUAGAAUACAGUCAGCCUACAAACUUAUUUUUUAAAUGUGGUAUGGAUGAAUUUAUUUUAUCUACAGUAAUAAGAUUUGGGUGGGGUGGGGGACUGGAAAAAUAAACUCUGAGAGAAAGAAUGGUCGUAACAAUGUAAGCUUAUUUUCAAUAAAAAGUAAUAAUUUUUUAAAAUAAAAAAGCAACAAAGCAUGCCUGAUUCAUUAAAUCAUUGAAAGCAGGGGUGGGGUGGGGGAACAUAAACACCAACAAUAUGGCAACGAAAUUUCAUCAGUGUCUUGUAAUAUAUAUUUACAAAACUGUAACUUGUUGAAUUUUUACCAUGUCCAGGUAGCAGCAACAUUGUGGCUUCAAUGUUUUGUGUCGUGUUGAAGCAUUUCACUGUUGACGUAAAUUUAGAAGCCAUAUUUGAUCACAGACUGCCAGGAUCCUGAAAUGGGGAUUGGCUGACAAGUGAUCCUCAGUCUCUUUGCUCUCCCUUGCUAAUGUCUUCCCUCCUCUUUUGUCUUUACAUGUCUUCCCAUCCUUGUCUUAUGUUAUUCCCGAGGACAUUUGUGUUUAACUGAGAGCUGGCUUAAAUCGGGGGCCUUACUUUGGUUUGACCUCUGAAGGGAGUGCCUUCAGGAAGAUUUCUACUUGGCUCCGAAUGUAUUUGCUGGGGCCUUUUUCUUAGUCUGGAUGCAGGUCCAGCAUCAGCACCCAGCUCCCUCAGGCAGUGGCCACGACCAAAGGGCUCAGGCAGGGCCUCUACUGUUGAUGUUUGCUUUGGCUCAUUCUCCUGCCCUGAUUCUCCUGUGGUUCUGCAAUGGCAGCAAUUCAGCCUGGGAAGCUAAGCACUAUUUAAUAUUUCUCACAAUGCCCUGGGGUGCAUAGUAUUGUGAGAAACUAAAUAAAGGCCCAUUUUCCAUACCCAGCCAUUGUGAAACGUACAAACUAGAUCAGGGGUGUGAAUCUAACAAUCCUCCUGAUAUAUACAGAAUCAUAAAGCUGGAGCUCUCAACUUCAAGCUCCUGCCCAAGGCUCAAGGCAGGAAGUCCAGUUAGAGCAUUCCCACUAUCCAGUCUGUUUUUAAAGGAGUACAGAGAGAGAAACCUCACCACCUCUUUAGAUAAUAGUCCUCAUUCCCAAACUUCUCUUACCAUCAAGAAGUUCCUUCUAAUGUGUUGUCGAAGGCUUUCAUGGCCAGAAUCACAGGGUUGUUGUAUGUCUUUCGGGCUGUGUGGCCAUGUUCCAGAAGCAUUCUCUCCUGACGUUUCGCCCACAUCUAUGGCAGGCAUCCUCAGAGGAUCCUCAUACCUCACAACCUCUGAGGAUGCCUGCCAUAGAUGUGGGCGAAACGUCAGGAGAGAAUGCUUCUGGAACAUGGCCACACAGCCCGAAAGACAUACAACAACCCAGUUCCUUCUAAUGUUUAAUUGGAAUCUUAUCCUGCUGUGACUUAAAACUAUUAGAUAUGUAAUACUGUUUGGGGCAGCAGAGAACAAACUUGUACCCACGUCUCUGUGAUACCCUUUUAGGUAUUUAAAUAAUCAUGUCACUCAGUCUUCUCUUCAUGCUUCUCUGAGCAUGUCUAACUGCACUACCUUUCCUUGUAUGUUUUGUUUCCCAUACUUCUUAUCAUCCUUGUUACCCUGCUCUGGACCUGCUCCCAUUUACCUAUGGAACCCAUGGUUCUAUUUAAUGCAGGGUAAAUAUUAUUUGCCUUCUUUGUUGCAGCAUUACGCUGUUGGGUCAUGCUCAUUUUAUGAUCAACAAUAAUCCCAUGGUCUUUUUCACAUGUGCUAUUGCUAUGCCAAGAAUCCCCCCAUCUCUAUCUUUUUGAUUUUUGUAGAAUUUUGCAUUUGUCUUUGUUGAUUUUCAUUCUAUUAAAUUCAAAUCAAUUUUGAUUGAAUUACACAUCCCAUAUGUACAAUUCCUUACCAACCUCUUGCCACUUGAAAUGCUGACUAGAGCUAUGGUAAAUUGCAGUCCUGUAACAUCUAGAGAGCUAUAUGAUCCCCAUCUCAAAUUAGAUUGGGUACACAAAGGCUUGACAUGUUUGAUACUUGUGGCAGAGAGAGGCCUCUGCUCCCAUGGCCUGCCAUUCCAGCCAUGCCACCUCUCAGUCACCCACAAACCUCCCAAACAAUCUGAGUUGGUUGACAUUUUGGAUCUAGUUCAUUUCCCCAUACUUUUGGUGCAGCCCAAGUUCUGCAACACAAACCUCCACCUCCACCCCAUCUCACUCUGCAGGAAGCUACUUUUAAUGAAUGUCCUCUGCCCUCAUGUGGACUCUGUUUCUGUCUUUAUUGUUAAAUUGUUAUUUUGUAAUGAUAUGUGUUUCCUUAAUAAAGAAACUAGCAGAAAGA